AUUCCUUCUGUCCUUAAUGGGAGGAUCUGUCUUAUAAACAGCCAGGCUUCUGCUGGGAGGAUGGUGUCACUGUGUGUCAGAAUCGAGCAAUGAAGGUCCUCUUUGUCUUGUUGGUGGGGUUCCCAUGGGUUACAGCUCAGUAUCAAGGUCAGUAUCUAAAAUGUGUUUAUAUAGCCGUGUAUAUGGUGACUAUGGUAACAAUAUCGUAUUAUCCAGUCUGCCAAAAACCAGUGACAUAGGUGUCCAUCAAAAUCUUCUAAAGAGCACAGCUGGUGUCUGUGCUAAACUCACCUAAAGUGACCGUGUUUCGUGGGAGUGGGCGACAUUAGUAAUAAGUACCGCUCUUUCUGCCAGUCUGGUUUAUUUGGACAGGUACAUUUAAUUGCCAGUUCUUUGUACCCAGAUAUUUCAGUUGAUCUCUCAGGAGGGUUUUAGUGGAGAUUGUUUUAAGCAGAGGUGAGAAAAAUGGCCUGGUUCAAACAUUGCACAAAAUAGAGGAAGUGGGCAUAAUUAAUGAAGAAGUAAAAUAAAGGUAUGAAGACAGAUAUAGAGAUUUAUGUGGAUUGAUGGAGAGUUAAUUAAUGCGGUUUGAACGUGUCCUGUCCGCCGAGCAGUGCCAGAUUAAGAGCCCAGUGGGCCUGGUGCUGACAAUUACAAUGGGCCUAAUUACAGAAUCUUAUUGACCAAAAACACUAAAACAGUCAUACCUACCAAGUGUCAUGUAUCUGAUGGAGAUGGUGUUGGAGGGAAACUCAAAGGAUGCAGCUAUAAGAAAACCCAUACUCUAUGCUAAUCUCUCUCUAAUUUAUGCUUUCAUCUUUCAAGUAAAUCCAAACCCCCUAACAGCAGUGUCCAGUGAAGCAGGAAGUCAAUGGGCGGGAUAAAAGGGUGGGCCACUGAUGCAAAUCACAUGACCAGAACUGCCAAAAGUGGCGAACAUGCCCAAAAAGGGGGCAUGUCUGUCCAAAGAAUUGGAAGGCCAGCCUGGCAUCAGUGUCCCUAUAUAUCGCAGUGUCAGUGUCCCCAUGUCGCCCAGUCCCCUAGUCUCCCAGUGUCUCAGUGUCCUCAUUUCUCCCUGUGUCCCUAUGUCUCAGUGUUUCCCGUGUCACUAGGAUACCCGUGGACACAGUGAGACCCGGGCACACUGAGAGACCCAAGGACACUGGGAGACAUGGGGGCACUGAGACUUGGGGACACUGGGAGACAUGGAGACAUUGGGAGACAUGGGGACCCUGGGAAACAUGGGGACACUGGGAGAAAUGGGGACACUGGGAUAAAUGGGGACACAGAGACAUGGAGACACAGACACUUGGAGACUAGGGGACACUGGGAGACAUGGGGACACUGGCUGGGAGGCAUGGGGACACUGAGAGACAUGGGGGCACUUGUGGACAUAGACAUGGGGACACUGAAAAUUUUUGGGACACAGGGAGACAUGGGGACACUAGGGACACUGAGAAACAUAGAAACAUAGAAUGUGACGGCAGAUAAGAACCAUUCGGUACAUCUAGUCUGCCCAAUUUUCUAAAUACUUUCAUUAGUCCCUAGCCUUAUCUUAUAGUUAGGAUAGCCUUAUGCCUAUCCCAUGCAUGCUUAAACUCCUUUACUGUGUUAAGACAUGGGGACACUGAGAUACUAGGGACACUAGCUAGGAGACACAGGGACACUGAGACACUGGCUGUAAGACAUGUGGACACAGGAAAACAUGGGGACACAGACAUUUGGGGACACUAGAUGCCAUGGGGACACAGACACUGGGAGCCAUGGGGACACUGAGACACUAGGGACACUAGCUGGGAGACAUAGGGACACUGAGACACUGGCUGGGAGACAUGUGGACACUGGACGACAUGGGGACACAGACAUUUGGGGACACUGAGAAACAUGGGGACACAGACACUGGGAGCCAUGGGGACACUGAGACACUAGGGACACUGGCUGGGAGACAUGGAGACACUGUGUUCCUAGUGUCUCUGUGUCCCAAUGUGUCUCCCAAUGUCCCUAUGUCUCACAGCAUCCCAAUGUGUCUCAGCAUUCCCAUGUCUCACAGUGUCCCCUAGUGUCUCAGUGUCCCUAUGUCUCCCUGCCUUUCCCCUCAUCCCUCAUGUCCCUGAGCUGUAGGCUGUCUCUGCAGGCUGGGAGCUGCUAUCUGAACUCUCUGGGCUGUGUAGCUGCUCCCCUGCGCAUCAGUGAGUAGAGAGAGUUCCUAUCCCUGCCUCUCUCUAUACACAGUGACCCCUACUGGCCGGUGCUGGUAUUGCAGAGUAAUCUCCGUUUAUACUUAGAAAAAUAUCUGCAUUUGUAUUGCCGGUAUUGCUGCAAUACUGGCACGGCCAGGCAGCCUCAAAUACUGUCUGUGCUGGUAAAAUACCAGUCAGGUGGCAAAUCUAAGAGUAGUGUGUAAAAAAAAAAAAAAAGUUAAAAAAAUCUUUUUGGGCUUUUUUUUUUUAAAUGUUUAACCCGGCCCUGGUUAUAAUGCGACACCAGCGAAAUUGGAACCUGUGGAUUAUUGCCGUAUUAUUUUAUGGGAAAAGGUUAUGCAAGACGGUGAGGCCAUCACAACCAUGUACAAACACACCCCUACAUUCACAUAAACAUACUUAGUACAAACACUUGCUUACAAUCAAACACACAAACACUUCUGGCAUAACAUUUAAUGAAUAUUCCAGGAACCUGAAGCUCAAAAUCUGAAAAUAUAAAAAAAAAAAUAUUACAAAGUGUAAAUUUUUUGUGAUUUUAAAUAAUUGUAAAAGUUUAUCCGGCAAUAUUAAAUCAUCUGGAAAGCUUCUACAAAAAUAUUAAAUCAAAUUAAUAAUGUUCAAUAAAGUCAGUAAAAACUUAAUUUACAAAAAAAUAAAUAAAAUCUAUGUUCUGUCUUGAUUUUAAAAUGCAGUUUGUGUUUCAAAUAAGAUAUCAUAAAUGAGAACUGUUAAAAUAAAUAAAUAAAUAUAUAUAUAUAUAUAUACACAUAAAUUCUCUCUUUCUUCCCAGUCUGCCCCUAUGUGGAUCCCAGUUCCUCACAAAUUGCAGUAAUAAGCGACCGGUUUCAUCUGAUUCUGUAUCUACAUGAACUAAAACCUCUAGACAAUCUGGUGAAUAACUUGAAGACUCUGAGUAACGACAUCCGCGUCUUCAUCACCAUAUACCUGGAAUCGGAGCUUAAAAAUAAAAGGGACCAGUUCAAUGUUAAUUAUACUUUAAUAAAGAAAUUUGUGCCAGAAGCAGCAAGAACUGAUUUAUGGAAUUUCUUUCACAAAUCUCAAAACAAUGACAAGAAAACAUCUAAAAUCUUAAUAGUUAUGAGCGAGCUUUAUUUCACUCAUUCAAUGGAAGAAUCGUUGGAGCAGCUGAAGAAAGCUGGAGUGGAAAUCUUUAUUCUGCAUUAUGGAAAAGUAAACUACGAUCUACAUCCAAUAGCUUCCUCCCCUAAAGAACAGCACAUAUACAGAAGUCUGAAAUUUGAGGAACUGGAUACAAUACAAGCAGAAUUAGCUCAAUCUGUCUGCGUCAGCAUCCAAAACCAUGACCUGAUUGCAAAGAGAGAGCGUAAGUAGAAACAUGGCGACAAAUGAACCGAUGUAAUAACGUGCACAGUCUGUAACCGUGUGUGACAUGUAUG